AUGGGCACGCCGCUCGUUCCCCUGCCGGAGGUGGAGAGACUCAGUGCGUCAGUCAUUAGGAUUUUGGCGGGGAAUCCUGGAAAGGUAAAUAUUGCUUCUACGACAGGCACAAACACAUACCUAGUCGGCAGAGGCCGCCAGCGCAUCCUAAUCGACACAGGCGAAGGCAAACCCACCUGGGCCUCUAAUCUGCAAACAGUGCUCGCCCAAGAAAAUGCCACCGUGCACCAGGCACUGCUGACGCACUGGCACGGGGACCAUGUCCAUGGGGUUCCGGAUCUGCUGAAGCUGUGCCCCCAGGCUGCUGUCUACAAACAUGACCCCGAGGAUGGGCAGACGGGGAUUGAGGACGGGCAGAUGUUUGGUGUGGAGGGCGCGACGCUGAGAGCUUGCCAUACGCCGGGACAUACGACCGACCAUAUUAUGUUUCUUUUUGUGGAGGAGGAUGCGCUUUUUACGGGGGAUAACGUCCUCGGCCACGGCACCGCCGUCUUCGAAGACCUCCGCGACUACCUCUCCAGCCUACACCGCAUGCAAAACCGCGUCUCAGGCCGCGGCUACCCCGGCCACGGCCCCGUGAUCCCGCACGCAACCUCCAAAAUCACCGAAUACAUCCAGCACCGCCAGCAGCGGGAGGACGAGAUCCUGCGGGUCCUGCGGUACGGCAAGCUGGACGUCCGGGACGACGAGCCGUCGCCGGAUCGGAAGAAGUCGUGGACGCCGCUAGAGCUCGUGCAGGUGAUUUAUAAGAAUGUGCCGGAGAGUUUGCAUUUGCCUGCGUCGCAUGGGGUGAUUCAGGUGCUGAAUAAGCUGGAGGAGGAGGGGAGGGUGGUGCAUGAUGCGGAGUCGGGGAGGUGGAGGAUAAGUGGGAGGCCUUCUUUAUAA